AAUCUUUUGUUCGCCACAAUUCAUUAUGCCGCGCUGAAAACAUAUCCAUAAACAGGGACUUCCAAGUCUUCCUAAAUGGUUUACCAGCAUUUGGUCGCUCUGCCGUAAUGGUUCGUAUCAGCUUACGGCCAAGACUCCAGGGUUUGUGUGACUGAAGACUAGUUUCAAACUUGUUGCACAUUACUUAUCCCACCCUGUUCGCUUCAAAGUCGGACCUUCUUCAAGAUCAGCCAUUGCGUACGUCAAAGCGGACAGGCUUCGGGUGACUUCUGUAUCGAUCAUUCUUUCUGACAAUCACAGGGUUAUCAAUGGCCGAGCGCUUUAAGUUAUAAUUUGAAAGAGCAAUGGAUUAACACUUGGACAUACGCUGAUGCUUUUGAAGGACCGUUGUUUAGAAAGCGUCUGGAUAUCUACUAAAACAAUAUUCUGAUCGUUAUACAUUGUGCGCCGAUUCCAUAAUGGGAAGACAAAGCGUGUUGGUGCAAAUGCAACUCUGUUAAAGUCAAGUUUAUAACUAUCCGAUACUUUGAAUCACUAUAUUUGUAAAUAAAUCUGGGUCGCCCGGCAUCGUGAUCCUGUCCCAACAUCUGGAGAUGUGGGCUCCCCGUCCCAGAAGAGCCUGUCCCGAGACCUUGAAGCAAACCUUGAGGGCGCUGGUGCUGCUUCUCUGUCUCUUAGUGGUCUCCAGCUCAGAAGAUCAGGAGGGAAUCAAUGCCGAGUCAUGGUUACGUCAGUUCGGCUACCUGUCCCAGGCCAGCAGGCAGAUGUCCACCUUGCACUCCUCCCAGGUUCUGGCCAAGGCCAUCGCAGACAUGCAGCGCUUCUACGGCCUGCAGGUGACCGGGAUUAUGGACCCCGCUACUGUCAGGGCCAUGCGACAGCCCCGGUGUGGUCUACCAGACAGGACACCAGAUGAGGUCCACCCGGGUUCCAGAAGGAGACGAUACACUCUGACGGGACAGCAAUGGGACAAAGACGACCUCACCUACAGCCUGCUGAAGCAGAACAUCCCGGCCUCCCUGGGGGCGGGGCGCACGGCCACCGCCCUCCGCAGGGCCUUCGACGUGUGGAGCCAGGCCACGCCCCUCACCUUCCAGGAGGUACCCGCCGACGACAACAACAUCCACAACAACAACAACAACGGCGGCGGCGUCAGCGGCAACGGCAGCGCCUCGGCUCCGCUGGCCGACAUCCUGCUGCUCUUCGCCUCCGGUUUCCACGGCGACAUGUCCCUGUUUGACGGGGAGGGGGGGUCCCUGGCGCACGCCUACUACCCCGGCCCGGGGAUGGGGGGCGACACUCACUUUGACGCCGACGAGCCCUGGACCCUGGACCACGAGGACCCCACAGGUAUAGACCUCUUCCUGGUGGCGGUCCACGAGCUGGGCCACGCCCUGGGGCUGGAGCACUCGGACCACCCGGACGCCGUCAUGGCUCCGUUCUACACCUGGACCCCCACGCACAACUUCACCUUGUCCCCGGACGACCGCAGCGCCAUACAGUACAUCUACGGCCCGCCCCGCGCCACCAACGCCCCGCCCACCUCCGCCCCGGUCCCGCCCCCGGACGGCGAACCCGACCGCCCCGCCUCCGUCCCUCCCCCGCCGCCGGCAGCGGAGCCCACCGUACCGCCUCCCCGGGACCCCCCGCCCCCACCCCCGCGGGCCCCCACCCGCCGGCCCCCCGCCGGGCCCACCACCCGCGGCCCUGACCUCCGACCCCCGGCGCCUCCCAGGCCCACCGUCCCGGAGGUCCAGCCGCAGCCCGUCACCCCGGCGAUGGCGCCGGAGGACCCCCGCCUCCCCCCACAGCCUCCUCCCGAGCGCCCCCGGACCCCGAAGCGUCCGGACCACCUGGCCCCGGACAUCUGCGAGGGGGACUUUGACUCGGUGACCGUCCUGAGGGGGGAGAUGUUUGUCUUCAAGGGUCGCUGGUUCUGGCGCGUCCGUAGGAACCGGGUCCUGGACAACUAUCCCAUGCCCAUCUCCGUCUUCUGGAACGGGUUACCCGAUGACAUCGACGCUGCGUACGAACGCCACGAUGGGAAAUUUGUCUUCUUCAAAGGAGAGCAGUACUGGGUGUUCCGGGAGGCUGACGUGUUGCCCGGAUACCCCCAACCCCUCCGGUCGUACGGUCGGGGCCUUCCCGAGGACCGCAUCGACACGGUGAUCUGGUGGGAGCCCAACGAACACACCUACUUCUUCAAGGGAGACAGAUACUGGAGGUACCACGAGGAGACCAGGCAGACGGACAAGGACUUCCCCAAAGCGCUGAGCCGCUGGGGGAAGAUCCCCUCCUCCCCACGGGGGGUCUUCCUCAGCGAUGACGGAGCCCACACCUACUUCUACAAAGGCAGCAGCUACUGGCGCUUCGACAACCGCAAGGGGGCAGCGGAUCCCGGCUACCCCCGCUCCGUCCUCCGGGACUUCAUGGGCUGCCGGAACGCCCCGGACCCCCCGCCCGAGACGGAGACGGAGCGCACGCAACCGGCCGCGCCCCCGCCGCCACCGCCACCGCCCGGGGUCGACCCCCGCAGCCCCACCCGCCGCGACCGCGACAGAGACGCGACGGACGUCCCGGGCCGGGGCGGGGCGGGCGACGGGGGGCAGGAGGAGGAGGAGGAGGUGGUGGUGGAGAACGAGGUGGUGGUGAUGGUGCCCGAGGACGGGUCGAAGGUCAUGACGCUGGUGAUGGUGGUGGUGCCGUUGGUGCUGGUGGUCUGCAUCCUGGUGCUGGUGUACGCCAUCCUGCGCUCGCUGCAGAAGAAGGAGACGCCCCGCGUGCUGGUGCACUGCAAGCGCUCGCUACAGGACUGGGUCUGAGACACACAGACGCACGCACACACACACACACACACACACACACUUAUAGACGCGUAUACACACAUAUACACACAUUUGUAGAUGCGCAAACACACACUAUAGAUGCAAACAUAUUGAACAAUUAAUGAUGCGUACAGACACACACGCACAUACUUUUGUACACCAACACACACACACACACACUUAUAGAGACGUAUGCACACAUAUAGACACAUUUGUAGAUGCGCAAUCACACACACUUAUAGACGCACACAUAGAGAACAAUUAAUGAUGCGUACUGACACACACACACUUAUAGACACAUAUACACACAUAUACACAUUUAUAGAUGUGCAAACACGCAUACUAUAGAUGCAAACCUAUUGAACAUUUAAUGAUGCAUACAGACACACACACACAUACUUUUAUGCACAAACACACACACACACACUUAUCGACACGUAUACACACGCAUACACAUUUGUAGAUGCGCAAACACACACACACUUGUAGACGCACACAUAGAGAACAUUUAAUGAUGCGUACUGACACACACACUUAUAGACACGCACGCACAUACACAUUUGUAGAUGCGCAAACACACACACUUAUAGACGCACACAUAUAGAACAUUUAAUGAUGCGUGCAGACACACACUUUUAUAUACACACACACACACACACACACACACACACACACACACUUGGGUUUAGGGCUAACACGCCAGGUAGGCUUCACAGUGAUGGAGCUCUUGCACACCCAUGACAGGUACAGACACACACUCGCCACUCAUGACCCCACCCAUGCCCAUAAUAUGAGCUGAUAGGUAGGAACCAAUGAGAAGUCUCUAUUUGUUGCCUCUGGUGCCUCAACCAACCUUGAGACAUUUGCACUUUUUAUUUUUCUUAUUCUGUUUAUGAUUUCCUUGUUUUAGUGUGUGUGUGUGUGUGCGUGUGCGUGUGUGUGUGAGGGAGGGAGGGAGCUGGAAUGUGUAACAGCUGAGUCCGUUUUCUGGCCUCUAUCUCCCACAGGGCUCACAACCACUGUCCUGUCUCUCACACAAACAUCCACACAGCCACACGCAGACACACACACACACACACACACACACACACACACACACACACACACACACACACACUCACACUUUGACCAAACAUUUAUGCCUCUAAUUUCUACAUACAACGCUACAUAUACACACUCUGCAAGAUCUGCAAGAACCGGCACACACUGCUAUUGUUGCACGCAGACACGCAGGCACCAACCCCCCAACACACCAACACACCAACACACCAACACACCAACACACCAACACACCAACACACCAACACACCAACACACCAACACACCAACAGUCGUACUACACUUAGGACUGUUUUGCCCCCAGAAUGCUACUAGUCACCACUAAGCCGUAGUGCUGGGCGACGGUGGACUGGUUUCUGUUCUACCGGUGGGCUGUUUGACGGCUCCCCGGGUUCGUGUGGGAACACGACUGCCGUUUGUGUUCACUGCGGAGGGCCCAAGAGGCGUCACAAGAAAGAGAGUCGAAAUAUGACGACCAGAAAGGGAAAUGAGGGCGAUAACCCUCCAGCCACACAACUCUGUUAGAUCUGCUGCGCCGAUGUGGAGACAGAGCUGCAGACAGACAGGGUGCAAGAGACAGAAAGAGAGACAGAGAGAGCGAGGGAGAGAGAGAGUCAGAGAGAGAGAGAGACAGAAUGGCGCUGGUCUGGUUUGUAUUAAAAACCACAUGUUGCUGAUUUACUUGCAUCAGGCUGAAGAAUGGAGGGGGCCUGGCGGGAAGGGGGGGGGGGGCUGGAGAAAGACCCAGCAGAGGGACGAAUCCAACAGUUGGAGGGAGAGAGGGAGAGAGCUGGAGAGGGAGAGAUGGAAAUAUAUCCUGCCCGGAUGAAGAAGGAAUGUGUGUGUGUGUGUGUGUGUGUAUUUGAUAGGGACAACCUGGGGACAGCAGCCCCCCCCCCCCCCCCACCUCCUCUGAAGGAGUGAAGGAGAAAAAGGAGAGGGAGAGAGGAGGACAGGGCGAGGAGAGGGCAGUGCUGGCACUGUUCCCUGUGACCUAGUUUAGAGUUCUCCUGCAACUCUCUCUCUUCCUCCUUCCUUCCUUCCUUUCUCUCUCUCUCCUCUCUCCUUUUUUCCCUCACUCUCUUUUCCCUGUCUCUCCUUCUCUGUUCCGUCUUUCCUCCCUCUCUUAUCUCUAUCCUCUCCCUCAUGUCCCACUCCCCUCUCUUUAUCUCUCCUCUGUAUCUUCUUUAUCCAAUCUUCUCUCAUCUUGCUUCUCUCUUCCCUUUCUCUCCCCUCUCUUCUCUCUCUCCCCUCUCCUCGCUCUCUCUCUUACCCUUUUUCUCUUUCUUCUCUCUUCUCUCCCCUCUCUUCUCUCUCUCUCUCCCCCUCUCCUCGCUCUCUCUCUUCCCCUCUCUUCUCUCUCCCCCUCUCCUCUCUCUCUCCUCUCUCUCCCCCUCUCCUCGCUCUCUCUCUUCCCCUCUCUUCUCUCUUCUCUCCCCUCUCUUCUCUCUCUCUCUCCCCCUCUCCUUGCUCUCUCUCUUCCCCUCUCUUCUCUCUCCCCCUCUCUUCUCUCUCUCUCCUCUCUCUCCCCCUCUCCUCUCCCUCUCCUCUCUCUUCUCUCUCCCUCCCCUAUCUUCCUCCUCCUCUAUCUUCUGUUUGUUGUCGUUUAGGAGCACUGUUGGAGAACAUUUCCCAUGGGUACCACUCCUCCCGCCUCCUCCGUCAUUAUCUUCAUACACACACACACACACACACACACACACACACACACACACACACAGAAACAUACACACACGCAGACACACACAUCACCACAAACUUCUCCUAGCUUCCCUGUUGUUAUGUCCAUUGUUUGAUCUUUCUAGAUCCUACUAGAUGACUCUGUUGUGUUGCUCUUUUGGACUUCCUGUAGACGACUCACUCCUCAGUAUUAUGUCUUUGCCCAUCUGAAACAUAACAUACUGAAAUAACACAACAUACUGAAGUAUAAGAGACAACACAAACACAUACGCACACACACAUACACACACGUAUAUGCACACAGACACACACACACACACACACACAUACAUACCUACAUCCAUACCCACACAUUAUCAAACCAAGUAUAACCUAGUUCAUUGGGUUAAGAUACAUUUGCAUUAAGCCACUAUUUUUAUGAUACAAUGAUAUCGUACAGUACCUUCAUGACAUGUUACCUUCAUGUAGCAUAGCCUUGAAGUAAUGUAUGACAUAUUGUAUGACAUGAUAUAUUUUGUGUUUUUUUUAAAAGCCCUAUUUUGAGGAUUUCUUCUGUUAGAGUUUUACAGCAUAUUUCAUCAUAAUGAAAUUAGAAAACACAAUUGUUCAUCACCAUUUGUUGACAUGUAUAGUUUACAGCCCUAGUUUGCAUAAUAAUAAUGAUGGUAACGAUAAUGAUUUCAUGUGCCUUAGCCGUCCUCUGUGAAUACUGGACGACAAGUUCAGAGGACAAUGUUUUCUCUGAGAAUUGUGGAUAAUAAUUUAGGAUAAGUUUUUGCUUCCAUUUGUGUGCAUCUGUUUUGUAAAUUUUUUCAGUGUUAAUGCUCAUUAGAUGCAGAAUCGCAGUAUAUUAUUGUGAAAAGAAAUGAUGAUCCAUGCAGGGCAUGUUCUGUGUAACCUCGACACUGCUUUAUAGAGGGAACAAGAAUUUCACAAUAAAAGCACAAAAGCAAA